AUGGAGGGAGAGCAUAGAGAUAGCAAAGAUGACAAACAUUCGCUUCGUAUCCAUGAAUACCGUCUGGCCAGCGAGUCAACCCCAAGGAUUGAGCUGACUCCAUGGGAUCUUAAAUUCCUCGUAGCUAAUCACAUCCAAAAGGGCCUCCUCUUCCUCAAACCUACACCCUCACAAGAAGAAAAACUAAAACCCACUCUCAUUGAUCACCUAAAGACCUCUCUGCCCCGCACAUUGGACAUUUUCUAUCCUCUCGCUGGCCGCCUUGUCAUGGUUGAAAACGACGAUGAGACUGCCUCUUUCUUUGUCGACUACAAAAACAUUGGAGCCCAAUUUGUCUAUGCAAAGGCAGAUGGCGUCGCCAUGUCCGGUAUCCUUCAGCCCCUCUACGUUCCCGAUGUUGUCAACUCAUUCUUUUUGAUGAAUAGGGUGUCGAACUACGAAGGUGUUUCCAAGCCAUUGCUAGCAAUGCAAGUGACUAAGCUCGUUGACGGUAUCUUCAUCGGUUGCACUUUAAACCACAGCGUUGCAGAUGGCACCUCCUUCUGUCGUUUCUUCAAUAAUUGGUCUGGGAUCUCUAAGGGUUCUGAUCCCACAUCACUUGGUCUGGGUCCUCCAAUCAUCCUAUUGAGUCAUCUUGAUGGUAUUAUCGAUCUCCCCAUUCGAUUUCCUUUCCAUGAGCGUAAUGACAUUCAGGAGAAAUCCACUGCUCCACCACUGAAACAAAGAUUUUUUCAUUUUUCAAAGGAGAAAAUUCAACAACUUAAAGCAAAAGCAAAUGCUGAAAUGAGCACCGACAAGAUAUCGUCCUUUCAAGCGGUUCUGGCUUAUCUUUGGCGUUCUAUGGUUCGCAACUGCCAUCUCAAUGCCGAUGAAGAGGUUUGUUACUUUGUAUCUAUGGGAAUGAGACAAAGAUUACAACCACCAUUGCCGGAAGAGUAUCUAGGAAACACGAUUCAAUCUGGGAACGUAACGGCCACUGCAGGCGAUCUUGAACAUGGACUAGGCUGGGCGGCUUGGCAGAUAAACAAGACGAUUGCUUCUCAAACAACAGAAGAAGGAAGGAAGUACGUGGAGGAUUGGAUAAAAACCCCCAAGUUUAUAAGAUUUAGCAGCUCAAGUACUACAAUAUUGCUUACGGGAAGCUCACCGUGGUUCAAUGCGUACGGUAAUGACUUUGGUUGGGGAAGGCCCGUCGCGGUGAGAAGUGGUGCUGCGCAAAAGCUUGAUGGGAAGUUGAAUGUGUUACCUGGGAAGGAAGAGGGUAGCAUUGAUUUUGAAGCUUGCUUUCUGCCUCAGACGCUGAAAGCCACGGCAGAGGAUGCAGACUGUAUGGAGGCUGUGGCCACAUGA